UUCCUGUGCUAACAACACUGGCCUCGUCAUGUGUUUUACAGUUAAUCUCAACCCACGCCAAAUGAUUUAUGAGAACAAAAUAUAGGGGUUGAUAAUUAAUUGGAGUUAUGUUAUUUUUAUUGUCUGUUUUUUUACUGUCAACAAUUACUUUUAAUUCCAGAAGCCGUCAUUUCAGGCUAGUUUAGUGAGCUAAGUGGCUAACUGUCGUAGCCAUCCACCUCUGGUUUCGAUCUGAUUGUUAGCGAGUAACUCCCUGGCUGCAUUUUUUUCCGGAUAACAACGCUGGAAAAGAAUAAAAGGCAUGGUGCAGCCCCAACCUGAUGGCGCACUGCAGUGGGACAUGUCAGGAGACGAUAGUGGGGGGGCGCUUAGGGUCCCACCUGAGCUGGCAGCCAAUGAAGUGGUCACCCGGUUGCUUGGGGACAAUCAGCAGCUCAGAGAUGCCUUGCGGCGGAGCAACCACGCUUUGCGUCAGCGCUGUGAAGAGAUGGAAGGUUGGCAGCGAAAGACUAGGGAGGACAGGGAAUUUCUCAGUUGUCGUUUCCAAGAGGCUAGGGCUCUGGUGGAGAGGUUGGCCCAGGAGAACCACUCUUUACAAGGUCUUGUGAAUGGACCAGCGUCUUCAUCCAGCUACUGCAGUAGCUCCAGUCAGACUGAAGGACCCUUUCCAACAAAGAAUGGUCCUCUUGAUGCAACACAGAUCCCAGAUAAGCAAGAAAAGAAGAAAGUAGAGGAAGCAGAUCAGCAUACGCAGACAACUCCUCCCCGUAGCUUGGGUGAUGCAAGUAUAUAUAGCUCCGUGAAUAGUCCCCUCCCAACCCCCUCUAGCUCCCUUACAGAGGUAUCGGGGGGGUCAAUAGGGAGGGAGAAUGGCCAGCUCGUUGAGGGUGCAAUCGAUGUCCUACAAGUGAAGAGCCACAAAGAAAAGCUGGAGGAAGGCAUGCGAGAGCUCAAAAGGAAGAAUGAAGAACUGGAGAAGCAGAGGGACGAGGGCGAAAAAGAGAGAGAGCGAAUGCGUCGCUGCAUUGAUCAACUGUGGGCCAAACUGUCCCAGGCACAGGCAAGCAAUGCUACUGAGGAGGCUGGUCAACAUCGGACUGAGGCUCAGCACUCCUCUGACUGCUCUAGCCUGGCUAAACUCACAGAACAGCUUCAGGCCACACAGGGCAGGUAUCGUGAGCUAGAGGAAAAGCUUGACUACCUACAGAAGAGUUCUGCUCAGCGUGACAGAACUGAGGCUCUGCUAAAGCAAAAGGACAAGGACUGUGAGGCGCUCAAAGCUCAGGCAACGUCUCUUUUAGCAGAACUGAAUGAGAGGCAAAGCUGCCUGGACAAAAGUGAGCAAGAGCGCAAAAUCAUGGAGGACAAAUUGUGUAGUAAGGCAAAAGCCCUGCAAGUGGCAGAACAAGACUUGGAGCAGCAGAGGAACCAGCACCAUGUGAACAAGGACAAACUAAUGUUGCAGAUUCAGAGUUUGGAGCAAGCUCUCAAGACAGAGAGACAUGUUGUCACUGUGGAAAAGAAAAAGUUGACACAACUUCAGCAUGCCUACACAUGUCUCUUUAGAGACUAUGAUGCUAUACUCAAGAGUGAGGGAGGAGAUUUGUGCAGCCGACUGGAGGAGGCAGAGAGAGCGUUAGCCCUGAAGCAGGACCUUAUUGACAAAUUAAAGGAGGAGGUAGAGCAACAAAAAGGCUCACUGGAGACUGUUCCUGUCCUCACUGCGCAGGCUGAGAUCUACAAGGCAGACUUCCUUGCAGAACGAGAAGCAAGGGAAAAACUAAACCAGAAGAAAGAAGAGCUGCAGGAUCAGCUGACACAUGCUUUGGCUGAAAUUGAUCGACAGAAACAGGAAGCUGCAUCCAGGGUACGUAUGGAGCAGAUGAAGCUGAGACAUCAGGAUGACUUCCCAGCACGUGUUCCACACAUUACGCCUCCUCAGGGUACAUCACGACUGAGUGGAUUUUCUGCCGGUACUUUCAACACUGCGCCCCCUCCAUCCAUAUACCGCAAUCCUGGAAUGGUGCAGGCUGGUGAUCAAGGAGCUGUUGGAGUUGAGGAUCUGCCAGAUUUAUGCUGUCCGAAGUGCCAGUACCAUGCUCCAGAUAUGGACACACUGCAAAUUCAUGUUAUGGACUGUAUACAGUAAAGGAUUCAGAGUCAAUCUAAAAAAAUAAAAAAUAAAAAAACAAUACAAAAAUAACCCACCAGCAUCAUACAUCCACCAGCCAUACCAUCAUAACCACUGCUAGGUGAAUUGAAUAACUCGCCUAGUUCCAAUUGCACCUGUCUUGGUUAAGAUUUAAGACUAUGCAGUGUUAACUUUUUGCCCUCAUAGUUGAUUUAAUUGAAUUAACAUACAGUGUAUCACAAAAGUGAGUACACCCCUUGCAUUUCUGCAGAUAUUUAAGUAUAUCUUUUCUUGGGACAACACUGACAAAAUGAAACUUUGA